AUGUCCACAGUGUUUAGGGAGACUAGCUCCAGUGGGAAGCUUUCCCUGUCGGGGAAAUGAGGCUUCGUGGAUGAUUUGGACAUGAUGGAGCCCAUUGAUAGAGCAAUCCUUGUCGACCCCGAGUACUUAAAAGUUUGAAAGAUGUUUGUCCUGUUGACAUGCGCUUUUCGCUAUGGCCGUGAUGACUUGGGUGUGAUUGGUCUGAUGCGCGAAGAUCUCUAUGUACAGGCCAAGCAAGUGGCUCCAGCUGAACCCAGCAGCAUCCAGGGCCCCCUCACAGCCUUACAGCUUCUGCACAAACUUGGGGCCAAUGCCUACCCUUUCACAGUCCAGGUGGUUGCUACCCUGCCCUAUUCGGUGACACUGCACCUAGGCCUGAAAAUUCAGGAAAGGCAAGGGAAGAGCUGUGUGGGGCGGACUUUGAAGAGUUUCUGUGCAGAAAAUCUGAAUGAGAAAAUCCCUAAGAGUCAUUCUGUGCAGCUGGUUACACGGAAAGUGCAGUUUUCACCAGAACCAGACCCUGGUCCCUGUGCACAGACUAUUCGCAGCUUCUUCUCAUCAGCUCAACCCCAACAACUCCAGGCCUGGAUGGACAGCGAGGUUCACUACCAUGGAGAAGCUAUUUUUGUCUAUGUUUCUAUCAACAACUGUACCAACAAGGUCAUCUAAAGAGUCAAGAUUUCAGGGUCACGGACCUUGGCAGUAACUCCACUCCUGGCUGCCUACUACCAGAAACAGGGCCUGGCACUGGACGGCAAACUCAAGCACGAAGGCACCAAUCUGGCCUCUAGCACAAUUCUUCAACCUGGAAUGAAAAAGGAGCUUCUGGGGAUCCUGGUAUCCUACAAAGUUAGAGUCAACCUAAUGGUGUCCUAUGUGGGGGGUAAGUGAAGGUUUCCAGUUGGUCUGGGCAAGGGUAGAUAGGAUGCCUAGGUUUUCAGGGGACAUAUAGGUGAGGGGAGACCCAGGGGAAAAAAAAAGGAGGGAGAAGAGCAAAGAAAUUUCCUCACGGGACUGCAUAGCCACUUAUGAGCCAUUUUGCGUUCCUCUCCAUCCUUGCCAAGGUGGCUACCAGGUAAGUCAGUAUGAGGCUUGGAAGCCUAUCCCACCCCCUUGCCUACUGCUGUUUUAUGAUGGAAUUUUUAAAAGCUUCCUCUAAGUGUCGCUUUCAAGACUGAACCGGAAGCAUGAUCUA